ACUGUCAGUCCCGCCGCCACAGUAGGAGUUACAGGUUGUGUUCUGCCACCUUGUGAAGACUUGUGACAACGAUGGGUUCCCUGGCCUUCACCUCCGCCCUCCUGCUGCUGGUGCUUGUGGCUUGUGGCCCUCUAGUGUCCGCUAAACGACUAAGGCUUGGGUGCCCGGUCGCGUGCACAGCUAACUACGCCCCGGUGUGUGGUACUGACGGGCAGACUUACAGCAACGCCUGUCAACUGGAAAUCAAAGCCUGCAAGAACCCUCAACUCAAACUCAAAGUCGCUUAUGAAGGACGUUGUCGCCCAGCAAAUCAAUGCUCGGAUGUCUGCAUACUUAACUACGACCCUGUGUGUGGCACAGACGGGACGACUUACCCUAACGCCUGUGCCCUGGGGAUCGAAGCCUGCAAUUUCCCUGAGCUCAAUAUCAAAGUUGAUUACGAUGGAGAAUGUCGUUAGAUUCAGGCCAGCAGCUGGAGAAGACUUCCAGAGAUCGUCCUGCCAUUUCCGGCAGUGAUCGGAGAAGACUUACAGAUUUACCACCACUGUGAAAGCUUUGGCCACAAGCAGGCGAUGAGUCACAAUAACGUGGCUUAAGUAUGUUGACCAGACCACACACACUAGAAGGUGAAGGGACGACGACGUUUCGGUCCGUCCUGGACCAUUCUCAAGUCGAUUGAGUAUGGUCUCACAAUCGACUUGAGAAUGGUCCAGGACGGACCGAAAUGUCGUCGUCCCUUCACCUUUUAGUGUGUGGUCUGGUCAACUUUGGCCACAACACCUCAGUAGCCGUCCACCUCACCUCGACGCCGGCACGCUGUGCAACGCCAGUAACUCCAUUCUGUGUACCACUUUGUAAACUGUACUACUAUUUUGAUUCUCAUUAAGUAUGUUAAUAAAACUGGAAUACUGA